UUUGGUUUCAACUACUUUCUCUCUCAUGUUCUUUCUUUUCUUCUCUUCUUGUUUUCUUUCCUUCUUCCUCUGUUGUCUCUCUCUCUCUCUUCUCUGAAACAAAUUGAAUUUCGCCAUAAUCGCCAACAGAAAUUCGCUGACACGCGUUGAGACCUCUCUGUACAACCGCAUUUAUGCACUUCCUCCUUUAACUCUUCUCACCAUCUCUUUGUUAUGAAGUUACACGCUCCUUCUUGUUUCUUCUCUUCUUCGAUUUCAUGGAAUUAUCAAUUCUCAGGUGCUAGUUGGAAAUUUGCAGAAAUUUUUUGUGAUUGUAAGAAGGGAUUUCAAGGUGGUUUUGGUUUUCUUCAUGGGGAAAGGUGAUCAUGGACGCUGCAUUUUCCCUCUUACAAGCUUGCAAAUUGGAGACUUGCAAUCAUAUUUUGCAGAUCUUAGCAUUUUCCUUGCCAAUGAUAGUAAACGAAUGUAUAUUUUGGUUGACAACAGACCAUGGUUGAGAGACCUUGGUUCACGGGGAGCACACAUUUGGCAAUUGAUGGUUACCAAGUCAAGGUUGUCUCCUUUUGCCAACACCAAAUCUCGAAAAGAAAGAAAGGAAGGAAAAGAGGAUCGUUCUCAAUCAAGCACAAAGAAACCAAAGAAAUUUUUGAGAUGGUUCUCGUUGAUUGAAGCAGUGAUGUCAUCAAAAAAGAGAGUUGUACUGCCUGUGAAGAAGCUAAGGAAUUCUUUGCAAUUCAGCAGUGAAUUGCACAGAACUCUGUAUGGCUUUAUCUUAUUUGAAGUUGCUUGGACUAAUGUUCGUGGUAUCAACUACUUUAAUGAACUUCAGACUGAUACAUCACUGGCUAUAGAAGCUAAACUUAUGAAAAGAUGGGAAUUCGACAGUAUAGCUCAAGCUGCAAGCUGCAUGUCUUCAUGGUUCUCAGGAACACUUGCUGAACAGCUGCUUUUGAGAGAGCAUCUGGAUUCUGCCUCAGGAGAAAAAUUUUAUGAUGCUAGUGAAUGUUUCUCUGGGACUGUAUCCGAUGAUGAUGAUGAUGAUAACAUAUGCGACAGUAUUCUAACUGCUGAAGAUAGUUUGGGUACUGCUAUUGGAGUAUAUGCUGAUGAUACUGAAGAGACAACAGACAUUUUACACACACCCCCUCCUCCUUCUGGACCUAACAAGAGAAGAAAAUUAAUGAAUUUUGUUGAUGCUGAAGAUAGCUAUUCAGCAGCUAAAAUGGAUAAGUCAUUGAAUUAUUCUCAGAGCUCUAGCUAUGUUUCUGAUGAUACUGUUGAACCCACUCAGUAUAGUGACGUUCUACUGUUAUUUAGGUUUAAUGAUCAUGACCUCCCAUUUAAACUAAGGGAAAUUAUUGUUUCUGACCUGAGAUUGCUUACUUUGUUAGAGGCUGGUCUUCCAUCUUGGGUCAUCUUCCUUCAGUCAUAUCCAGUGUUAUGCAAUCUUUAUCGUCCAUGGAUGUGCCCACUUGCAAGACUGUUAUAUGUUUUGAUCUCAUUUGUCACUGUCCUCAUUGGCUUCUAUGAUUUAUACAAAAAUGUUCCAGUUCUUAAGGCAACUGCUUCUCGUAUAUGUGGGCCUCUUUUUGAUUGGAUUGAAACUUGGGAGAUGGUUUCAAGGGUCAAAUACUUGGGGACAAUGCUGUUUCUACAUAACUUCCAGAAGGCUGUUAGGUGGUUUCUUGCCUUUUCACAUACCACACGAUCCUUUUUCUCAGUUCUUGUUCAACCGCUCGUAGAGUCAUUGGUUGAGAUUUUUGGAUUUCUUCUCCCAAGCUUAAAUUUUGUGUUUGAAUUAGUAAAAAGCAUCUGUUCUGUCAUUGGGUUCGGGAUUGAGUCUUCUUGGAAUCUAGUGGGAGAUGUAGUGGAGCUGCUCUUUUUGCCAUUGUGGUUUAUGCUCUCUAUGAUUUGGAGUAUUGCUACUUGUGUCUUAUAUCCUUUAUUUUGGAUUCUAUGGGAAGUACUAUAUGCUCCUGUUCGUCUAGUCCUAGCAGUAUCCAGUUUUGUGGCUUCCAUCAGUUCAUGGAUUUGUGAUAUACUUGGAGACACAUGGCAGUUUAUAAGUAGCAUUUUUCAGAUGGCAUCAUCUUCUGAAGCAGCAGUCAGCACCUAUGAAGUUUCAAUGUGGCGCUCUCUUUGGAAUGACCUUUUUUCACAGAUUUUCAAAGCUCUCAAGAGCAUACUUUAUGGGCUUGUUGCUUUUUUUACUGCCUGCAACAGGCAUCGGCUAAGCAUUUAUAAUCAUCUACAGGAGUUUAUCCAAAGAUUAUUUCGUCAGUGCCGAAGAUCACAGCAAGCAGAUUUAAAAGACAACAGAAAAACUUGCUUGACUCUGGAUCUGGUGGAAGACAAGAAGAAAGUUUAAUUAUAUCAUGCUUUCCAACAGACAGAUCUCUCCAAAUGGAAAAACAACGUUGACUAUCCUAAGUUCCUAACAUCAAUCAACGGCUCAGAGACACGGCAUUUGGGUGAGUCCAUUGCAUUUUCAGCAAUCUCAAUCACCUAUAGGAGUUUUUUUAAGAUUAUUUUUCUGUGUAAAAAAUUUGUUGUAACCAUUUCCCCUUUCUUUAGUUCCAUUUCUUUCUUUUUUUCUAUUUUCUGACUAUUUUUCAUAGUGGAAGUUAUCAAUUGUACAGACAUUAUGUACAGGAAACUUGUAAAUUUAGUUAUUAAUUUCUUUCAAUGUAUAUUCAAAGUUGAUUAA